CAUCAUCUGGGUGAGACGGGGGAAUCAUGGCUUCUGUCGCCGCGUGGCUUCCCUUCGCCCGAGCUGCUGCUAUCGGCUGGGUACCGAUUGCUAACAACCCGCUACCAGCUCCGCCAAUAACAAAGGAUAAAACCAAAAGAGAAGAUGAAAAAUUUAUCAUUAAUGUCAGCGGGAGGAGGUUUGAAACUUGGAGAAAUACGGUAGAAAAAUAUUCCGAUACUCUUCUCGGUUCUAACGAGAGAGAGUUUUUUUUCGAUGAGGAAAGCCAAGAGUAUUUUUUUGACCGUGAUCCGGAAUUAUUUCGACACGUCUUGAACUACUAUCGCACAGGUAAGCUUCAUUUUCCUAAACAUGAGUGUCUCAUGGCUUACGAUGAAGAGUUGGCUUUUUUUGGAAUCAUCCCAGACGUCAUUGGGGACUGUUGUUAUGAAGACUACAGGGACAAGAAAAGGGAGAACACAGAGAGAAUCAUGGAUGAUAAACUGUCAGAAGCCAAUGAGCCGAAUGAUACCUCCAAUUAUACAAUUCGAGAGAAAAUGUGGAGAGCAUUUGAAAACCCCCAUACCAGCACAGCGGCACUAGUGUUUUACUACGUAACCGGGUUUUUCAUUGCCGUGUCAGUAAUGGCGAAUGUUGUAGAGACAAUUCCAUGUGGAAAGCAUUUGUACACCAAUGAAAGCAUCUCCUUCGGAGAGAUGUACAAAACAGCCUUUUUCUGUUUGGACACAGCCUGUGUUAUGAUCUUCACGGCUGAAUACCUGUUACGUUUAUACGCUGCUCCGAACAGAUGUUACUUCAUGAGAAGCGUUAUGUCUAUUAUUGACGUGGUUGCUAUAUUGCCCUAUUACAUUAGUCUGGGAAUGACUGAUAACGAGGACCUUUCAGGAGCCUUCGUAACCUUAAGAGUGUUUCGGGUUUUUCGUAUCUUCAAAUUUUCCAGACACUCACAGGGGCUGCGUAUCCUGGGUUAUACCUUAAAAAGUUGUGCUUCUGAACUUGGCUUUCUUGUGUUCUCUCUUGCUAUGGCCAUAAUCAUAUUCGCCACUGUAAUGUUUUAUGCUGAGAAAAAUGUAACAAAUACGAAUUUUACCAGCAUCCCGUCUGCUUUUUGGUACACUAUUGUUACUAUGACUACUCUUGGGUAUGGUGACAUGGUUCCAGCUACAAUUAUGGGCAAAAUUGUAGGCGGUGUCUGCUCCCUGAGUGGUGUACUUGUGAUUGCACUUCCGGUUCCAGUUAUUGUUUCAAACUUUUCUCGAAUUUAUCAUCAAAAUCAAAGGGCGGAUAAACGUAAAGCACAAAAGAAAUCAAGAAUGGCCAGAAUUCGAAUUGCCAAGGCAAAAAGUGGUGCAGCAUUUGUUAACAAGAAGAAAGAAGCUGAAGCUAGAAUUGCUGCACAAGAGUCUGGACAGGAAAUUGAAGACGUCACGGAAGAUAUUUUUGAACUUCAACAUCAUCAUCUUCUUCAAUGUCUCGAAAAAACGACAGACAGAGAAUUUGUAGAGCUUGAUGUCCCCUACAAUGGUCAACCAAAUCGACUUUCAUCCACUCCUCCUCUGUCCCCAGCGCCAUCUCUAUCAUCUAAUGAUAAUCCUUUAUGUUCCUGUUGUGGAAGACGCUGUGGAAGAAAAAAAUAUCAGGCCGUCUUAGAUAGAACGUCCAGUAAGCAACACAGUGGAGUAGGAACAUCAGAUCAAGAUGAAGAACUGAAUGAUAUUCAAGUACGGAUUAUGUCAAAUAGAACACCUCCUUCCAGCGAUUCACACCAUCAAAAUAUUAGUCUCUCUAGGUCAAGUUUGAACAAUCCGACACCAAUGGUAACUGCUAUAAGUUCGCCGCCAGGCAGUGGUAGUGUCAUCACAACCGUGGUAACAAUGUCCCAACCUAGUCCCAAUUCUGAGACGGAGGCUAUUUUAUCUGCCGAAACGACGAGCACAGCAUCACCAUCUCCUGGUAACACGAGCACGGGUCCCAUGGUUCGGAUAUCAACACUUUAACACGGUCCUAUAUAAGAAAGUGUAGGUUCCUUAUAAAAAAUUUUGGUUAGUUGUAACAAGGGAAAGCGGCUAAAACUGGCCGAGGACUUGAUCAGUUAAUAAUUCCAUUGCCUCAAACUGAGGUUGUAAUCCUGGCAAAUGGACAGUGCACUGGAAGCCUGCCCAGGUAUUAUACUUCCACUAUCCUUUUCUCUUUGUGCCAUGUUCUGCCCAUGUAUGCUGAUGCCGGAUCUGCCUACAUUUCCUCAUUCAGCCUCUCCAUAACUCCCGCAUCAGCCAAGUACAGGGGAAAAAUCAGUCCACAACUGAUAUCCGUAAUGGCUUUGCCUGUCGUAAUCACCGAACGAUGGUAAAUUUUAUUCUCCUUCAAAUGACAUGUAUAAGUUGAAGUCCAAAGUAAAAAUAAAAUAAAAUCAUUGAUACGUUCGCACAAAUGUUUCUUAAACCUAAGUUUGACCUUCCAUUAUUUUUUUACUUUAUUUUUAACUAAUUAUAAAUAAUUAUUUCAUGUUGUUAAUGUUUUCUUUAUAUUGAAAAGUCACUGUGUAAUGGGUAACUGUAAAUAUAGUCAUAUUAAUGAAUACAGUGUUAUCCGAUAUUAAUGAAUACAAUGUUAACCGUCUGACGUUUUCAAAACUGUUGAUUUUGGUUUAUUCGUAAAAAAUGAUUGUAUAAAUAUUUAUUCUUCAGAAAACUACUUGCACAAUGUAAUGUUAUAAUAGCGUUCUCUGCAGUUCGGAAAAUACGCAUGUAUUUGUUUAAUCUUCUGUACAAGGCUAUCCGCAGUUCGUAAAAACACAAUCCAACUCAUGUUUUUCUUUUGUCUGGAGCUUUUCAUGAUCUGUAAGCAUUCUUAAAUAAAAAAAAAUCUAGUGAAUGAAGUAAAAAACAUUUAAUUUCAGAUAAUAUAAAUUAAGUGGAAUGAACAUAAUGUUCUUUCACCUUGAAAAAUUGUGUUUGGUGUAUCUAUCUGUCUGUAUAGCUUGUUGAUUAAGAGCAUACUUUUGGCAUAUAUUUUGACCUGAAUAUCUAAUAUACUAGUAUGUACCUUUGAUCUAAGUGGGUGAGGGUGAAUGUAUAAAUGCACGGUUUGUGUUACGGUGUAUUUUUUUUUCUAAUCAAUUUGUCGGUCAGUAAAACAGGGCUGUAUUUCGUUUACAAUUCGAACCACACGAGAUAAUCUGCUUAUGAAAUAGCGAAAAAGUAACCUUGGAUUUGUGUCACUCAUUUGUUGGUGGGUAAAGCGGUAGAUAUGUGCAACAUUUGAAAUAAUCUUUCAGUCUGGUUUUAAUUAUUACAUCAAGAGUUUAGUUUUGAAAUUGUUUCACCAUUUUUUUCACAGUGAAAAAUAGAACCUAAGCUCAAAAUAUAUGUUGAAGGUGUAAAAAGACUUAAACUUUCUAUGUCUAUGAAUUUACUGGAGUUAUAUGUGAGUAUAAAUGGAAGAAGGUCCACGUGUCAAGAACUAUAGAAUAUACAGAGCGUGACAUAGGUUUAUAAAUGUUAUAAUGUUUUAUCGUCGUGUAUUACACGUUUUACAUGUCACGUGUUACCACUUUAUAAGUUUAAUGUCUGAUGCUCUUCAUUACGCUGUUGGUGCAGAAAUAAAACUACAUGUUGAUGAUCAUCAUAAGUGUAAACCUAAUUCAGAAAACUUGAAAAAUAUCAUUUCUUACGAGUGAUUGAAACUAAACAUGCAAUAAAAAUUACUGUAUUAACUAAACAAAUAAAAUAACCAAUUACUAUGUUAAAAUUGUGUGAUAAAUGCUCGUAAACUCUUAAAUGAAAAUUUUAGCUCAAAGUUUGAUUGAUUGAUUUGUAUUGUCCGUAUCACAAAUCAUUUUUCAACUAUGUCAACGUGGUCUUAAUCACAAAAUUAUUAUCUCGUGCAUUCAAAAUAUUAUUCCGAGUCGUUAUGGUAUACGAGUUUCUUUAGUUAGUUGCUACGUCAGUCAUGCUAAGGUGAGAUCCAUUGAGAAAAAAAAUAUUGACGUUGCUGUCCUAAGCCUAAACUACUGUGAGAGAUUCCAUUAUGUGUAUAAUAGAGUAAGUUCUCUAUUAUAAUACAUCAGUUGAAGUAAUCUUCGUUACAUCCUUCUUUAACUAGCAUUUCUGGAAAGUAAAUCUACACAGUAACUGAGCUUCACAGUAUUUAUGAAGACAGUUAAUUCCCCGAGAUUUUCCAACUAAUAUAUUUAUGCUAAGAAAGAUCUGUCAUCAGGAUUCAGCGUUACUGAUUUUAAAGAAAUACCUUCGUGACGCUGGAAAGGAAACAGUUGCAAAUAAUUCACAGAUACAAUUGUUUUCUUUAUAUUUGAUAAAUCACUUGCUAUUUUUCAACUAAUAGAUAUUUAAAGAAAUUCAUAAAAAUUAUAUUUCGGUCUAAACUAAUAUUGUUAUCAAGAGAAUAGUUUUAGUUUGCUGAAUGAAUUCGCCAUCACUUGUGGACCUUCCCUUGAUAGCUAUUGACCUAUAAAACUAGGUGUUUAAUUCGGAUAAUACGAGUUAGCUCUUUGAUACAAUUAUCCGAACAACUAUUAAUUAAAGUGAAAUGCUAAAGUGCCCAGUUACUUACUAAACAGAUACUGUUUAUUGGGUGAAAUUAAAACCCGGAUGCUCAGUAAUUUAACAAUCUUUUAGGUAUCUCGUGAUUGAUUGAUUUAUAAACUUAGGAGCCCAGUAACUGUAAAAAGUAAUAAAACUUUUGAUUGACGAACUCAAAUAUAAACUUCAAAUGUAUAAAUUCCUAUUUACGCAUUGGAUGACUGGAUGUAAUAUAGUCUUAUGUGCCUGCUGACUGCAAAACGUAGGUUUUUUCAUAAUUGAUUGAUUGAAUGAUUGUGGAAAUAGCUACAUGCCCGAUGGUAUGUUUUUAUUGUAGCCAAACAUUUAUGAUGUCUAUUUAAGUGUAUAUGCACCUUAUAUUAGAAGAUGCCCUCUAGAUUAUUGAAUCUUUCAAUAUCUGAUCUUCCACUAAAGUAGGUUUAUUGAUAUUGUUCUAGUCUGUUCACUGUCAACUUUAGGUCAAUUAGAGAAUGAUUCAAAUAUCAUUCAUGUAUUAUAAUGUAUUAUGAAACCUUGUACCGCUUCCAUACUCUAGAAUGUGUUUUUGAGCCUAACAAUGAUUUACGAUAGUCCUAUAAAUCUACCUUCAUAUACUUGUUACAUUUUGUGCUGCAUUUGAAUGUGAUUUCAGACUUUAUGCAAGUUAAAUAAAUUCAUCUCUGUUCUGUAAUAUUAUCUAUUUGCUAACAUUUUGUGCUUGAUGAAAUAUACCAGUAUGCACAUCCACACACAUAUCUGUAACAAGUUCAUUUGGGGAAUAUUUCAGACCGACGAUUGUAUAUAGCAUAGUAUUAUCGUGCAGGUGGUGUAAACUUUUAAGCAAUUACAAAUUAAAUUAUCCACUAUGCACAAAAUCUUUAUUUUUAUUUUAUUGUUUGAAAAUUUCACACUUAUAUCUUAAGCUUAUGCAUAUCAGAGAGUUUCUAGGAAAUUCUCUACACGUUUUCUUUUAUGAUUGUUUGACGUAUAAAAGUACAUUUUCUGUAACUCCUUUAUUUAUUUUUUAUCCUGAAAGUGAGAGAAGUGAGGGGUUGAAAUUAUUUCAUAAAAUUGUAUUGCGAACGUUUAUACAAAACACUAAGCUUGAUACCAUCGCAAAAGGCUAUCACAUACCUGAAAUUGAAGAGACAAAAAUCAGAAUAAGAUUGAAACAUAUAAAAGACAAAUAUCACAUAAACGUUCAACAAAAAUGAAUAAGAUAUACAUUGAUUUUGAACAUAGCAAAAUUAGACGUACAUUUCUGAUCGUAUCAAAUACAUGAAAGUGAAUGCUUUUAUCAGCGAAGUAAUCUAUGAAAGUAUAGCGCUGUUCUUCUUUUAACAUGCAUAUUUUAUGGAUUCGAUAAAAAAAAAGCUCAGGAUUUAAUGUCUAAACAUGGUUUGAAAAAUUACUUUUAACAGUCAACUCGGGAUGAAAAACCAUUCUGAAAAUAACAAAAAUCCUGACCCCUUUUGUUAAAACAUGUGACUGUGUGCAAUAGGUUAUGAAUUUGGACAACGAUUUGGCAGGCAAUCUUGCGUUUGUAUUCAUGGAAGAAACGCAAGAGAGCCGAAACGUUGUCCGGAUUUAAUAUUUUCCAGGCAAAGUGUUUUUUUUUUGUUUUUUUUUUCAGAACUACACAUCAGGCUAUAAGAUACAUAAUAUCAAAUGUACGAAUUUAGCUUAAGUUGAGUAUUAACUUUCAGUUGCUUUUUUUUUUUUCAAAUGCUUUAGAUAUGUUGUCAUUACAUAUGAAUUAAACUUUUAUCUUAAGCGAUUUUACUUGCGUUAAGUACACAUGUGGUUUUUAAAAAUAUAUUUUACCAGAAUAUGUUCAUUGCAUCCGUAUCUAUAUAUCUUUAAGAAUUGUAGAAAUAUUCCAAAUUAAUUACAAUUGUAUAUAUCAGGAACAUCUGUGACUGUUCUGAAAAAGUUUGGACGUCAGAAUAAAAGCUGCAUUGUUAUUAGUAUUGGACGCCAGAAUAAGAUCUACAUUGUUAUUAGUAUUGGAAGCCAGAAUAAGAGCUACAUUGUUAUUAGUAUUGGACAUCAGAAUAAGAGCUACAUUGUUAUUAGUAUUGGACGCCAGAAUAAGAGCUACAUUGUUAUUAGUAUUGGAAGUCAGAAUAAGAGCUACAUUGUUAUUAGUAUUGGACAUCAGAAUAAGAGCUACAUUGUUAUUAGUAUUGGACGCCAGAAUAAGAGCUACAUUGUUAUUAGUAUUGGACGUCAGAAUAAGAGCUACAUUGUUAUUAGUAUUAUCAAAUACAUUUCACAUGAUUUUCACAUAUUUCACUAUGCACAAUUUUUGUUACUGUCGAUAAUGCAAGUUGUAUAAAAGUUGGCUGCUAACGCUAAUUUUGUUUGGUUAUACAAGACGUUCUUCCUAAA